AUGUCAUCGAGCUCUUUGGCUGCCAGUUCAUCUGUUGCUCUAGAUCUUCCGUGGAAAUAUGAUGUAUUUUUGAGUUUUAGGGGUGAAGAUACACGCUACAAUUUUACAGCUUAUUUACAUGAAAGAUUGCUAGAGCAAGGAAUUACAAAAAUUUUCUUGGAUGAAAAGGACCUUGAAAUAGGAAGACCGGUUGCUGAACUCUUCGCAGCGAUUGAACAGUCGAGACUUGCAAUCGUUGUGAUGUCUCCAAAAUACGCUUCUUCAAAAUGGUGCAUGAAUGAACUUUUGAAGAUUCUUGAAUGCAUGGAAAAGAGAGGGGCAGUUCUGCCAAUUUUUCACUCUGUGGAGCCCGCCGAUGUUGGGAAGCAAUCGGGGAACUUUGGGGAAGCCUUCACUGAACUUGAGCAAAGGUGCAAGGAUGAAAAGGAGAUGGUGGAACGAUGGAGAGCUGCUUUAAGAAUAGCGGCAAAAAUCAAAGGGUGGACUUCAAAGAAUAGGGGGCGAGAUGUGAGAGGGAAUGACAACUAUAAGAAAUGGGGUGAUUGA